AUGACAUCUGAAAAGCCUAUUAUCCUCCAUCUUGGAGACCCAAUCGAGUUUAACAAGGAUUUGUACGCCGAGAUAGCUGAGCAAUUUACUAUCAUCCGCCCUUCCCUCGAAGAACGACAACGCGAUGCAUUCCUGACAGCACUAAGAGAGAAGAAAUGGGGUAACUUCCAGGCUAUCAUUCGUCCAUUUUGGAAUACCGGAGGUGAAAUGGGUCGGUGGGAUGCCGAGUUGAUUCCUUUGUUGCCGCCAUCACUAAAAGUGUAUGGUAGUGCUGGUGCGGGCUAUGACUGGAUGGAUGUCGAUAUCUUGGCUGAAUAUGGAAUCGUUUAUUGUAACGGCGCCCAAGCAUCAAGUGAAGCAGUAGCUGAUAUGGCAAUAUUUCAUAUUAUCUCUGUUUUUCGAAACAUGCAAUGGUCCAUGGACGGUGCUCGUUCUGGCGAUCCGAAUCUUUGGUUAGAGGCACAUCAAAACACAGCGGCUACUGCGCACAAUCCACGAACUCAGAUAUUGGGUAUCAUUGGGCUUGGGAAUAUUGGAUAUACCAUUGCUCGUAAGGCAUACGCCUGCUUCGGCAUGAAAAUCUACUACCAGGAUCUUUACCGCAAGUCCGCCGAGCAAGAACAAGCCGUUGGAGCCUCCUUCUGUGAAACGCUGGAUGAGCUGCUGGCUGUGGCAGAUUGCAUUGUUCUAGCCACACCAUUUGGUGGAUCCAAACUCAUCACCAAGGAGGUCCUGGCUAAGUUUAAAAGGGGCGCUAAAUUUAUCAACAUCGCGAGAGGAAAACUGGUUGAUGAGGUGGCCUUGGUUGAUGCCUUGAAGUCUGGUCAUUUAUCUGCUGCUAGCUUGGAUGUCCAUGAGAAUGAGCCCCAUGUAAAUGAGGAUCUCAGAAAUAUGCGAAACGUAACACUCACAGCACAUAAUACAGCUGGAGGGGCCGCGGAGACACAGAUUGGGUUUGAGCGAUUGGCCAUGGAGAAUGUUCAGUGUGUGUUGACCGGCCAGGAGCCUCUCACACCGGUCAAUAAGCAUCUUAUUAAAUGA